CAGAUGUAGUAGGGUCUGGUGAAGGGAGGAGAGAAAUGAAUGAGAAAGAAAGAGCGCAGAGAGACAGAAAGAAAGGGAGAGCUAGGGCAGUAGUGAAGCAGCAGGCAGGCAGGAAGGCGUAAGGAGGAAAAAGCAAAGCGAGGACAGAAUUUGCAUUUUCUUCCUGCCUGCUCAGAGAGGAAGGUGGAAAGAAAGAAAUAGCUGAGCCUGUGGAUUCUCCUUCUUUUCUUUUAUCUUCUCCUUGCUGAAGCUGCUCUAAAUGCUCUCCCAUAGAGGGAGAGGUUUGGGGUAGCAUAGAAAAGGAGGUUGGCUUCCAUACUAGAUCUAGCUCAAGGAACGCGAUCAUACAUCCAGGAAGGAAAGCAAAGUAGCGGGCAUGGCUGCUAAAAGGAGCAAGUCUGGAGUACCACAGAAUGUGGCACGGAGCGAACUAAAAGUCUACCGUACAGGUAGCACAGAGGGACGCAUCCCUGUGCCCACCAACCUGCGCAAGCAGAGGUCUCUGACUAACCUAGCUGUUCUAACGGAUGCAGAGAAGAAGAUGCAGCUCUACGAACCCAAGUGGUGCGAUGACAUGGGCAAGGCCAGUACUAGCCACCUGAAGACGGGCAAACCAAAGCUAACAGGCGUUGGAGGAGGGCCUGGUAGUGCCCAGCUUUCACGGAACCUGUCCAAGUCAGAACAUUCUCUGUUCCAGGCCAAACCCAAGCCCUUUACCCCACUUGCUGCUCCUGGUGCCCUGGGCAAAACCCAGAGCCGCAUCCCCCGGGGUCCAUAUGCGGAAGUAAAGCCUCUUAGCAAAGCUGCAGAUGAUGGAAAGUCAGACGAUGACAUCUUUUCCAGCAAGGCAAAGGCUGCAGGCAAGAAGACUGCAGCUGGGGGUCAGGGGGACUCUGAGGCCAAAGGCCAAGGUGAGGAAGGUGGUGAUAAGCCCUUUUUGAAGGUGGAUCCAGAGCUAGUGGUCACAGUUCUUGGAGAUCUGGAGCAGUUACUCUUCAGUCAGGUGCUUGAUCGAGAGUCUCAGAGAAAGAGGACUGUUCAAAAUGUUCUGGAUCUCCGGCAGAAUCUGGAAGAUACCAUGUCCAGUUUGCGAGGCACCCAACUCGGCCAUGGUUGCCUGGACAGUAGCAUGUGCUAUGACAGUGAUGACACCAAUGCCCGUAGUGUCUCCAGCCUCUCCAACCGCUCCUCUCCACUGUCCUGGCGUCACGGCCAGGCAAGCCCCCGCUUGCAGGCUGGCGAUGCCCCCUCUUCCACUGGUUACCCGCUGGGUUCAAAAGCUGCAUCGCAAUACACCUCUCAUACCAUGCCUGCCCGCUGCUCCAGCCGCCUCAGCAACACCUCCCACAUUGAACUCAUCGAGAACCUGGACACAGGAGAUGGCGACCUCAAAUCUGGCUACCUGAGCGAUUCUGACCUAAUGAGCAAGAGUCUGAAUGAGGAUGAUGAUGAUGAUGAUAAUCUUGCAAACGGGUGGGAUGAGAGCAGUUCAAUCAGUAGUGGUUUGAGUGACGGCUCCGAUAAUCUGAGCUCAGAGGAUCUGAAUGCAAGCUCCUCACUGAACUCAUUACCCACUACGCCAGUCGGCUCCCGACGGAACUCUUCUGUCAUGCUGCGUACAGAUGCAGAGAAGCGCUCUCUGGUGGAAAGUGGUCUUGCUUGGUACAGUGAGGACAAGGCCCUGCAGAAAGCAGACAGUGGAGCCUAUGAUACAGGCAGCCUGAAGACUGAGUCGUCCAGCAAAUACAGAAAGAGUAGACCAGCAGAGGGCGCUGUGCAGGAGAAGACCGCAAGACGAGAACUGAAAAAGCCACAGAGCCUGGGACAGCCAGGCAGUUUCAAAAAGGGCCAAAAUCCUCCAGUUGGCAUCACAUCUCCCAUCACACACACAUCACAAAGUGUGCUGAAAGUGGCAGCACCUAAAGGAGACACAAAGGUUGUGGAUAAACAGAAGUUGUCCCUGAAGACUUCAGGCCUCCAGCGUUCCCGCUCUGAUGCAGGUCGGGACAGUGUGGAGCACCGCAAACCACCCUCAGGCCUUGUCAAGCCCACUGCAGGCAGCUUCGGCUACAGGAAAACCCCUACCACCGGCACAGCCACUGUAAUGACAGCGGGAGGUGCCACCAUCUCUAGUGGGUCAGCCACAGUUGGCAAAACUCCUAAGUCUUCGGGGAUCCCAACCAAGCCUGUGCCUGGAGGAGGAAGUCGAAAGAACAGCCUUGAUGCCAGCAAUGGUGAGAAUGGCUUCCUUGCACCAAAUGCCCGUGGCAGCAUUCAGUACCGAAGUCUCCCUCGGCCUGCCAAGUCCAGCACUAUGAGUUUAACAGGCCGAGCCAACUCUCGUCCCGUUAGCAGCAGCAUUGAUGCCAGUCUCCUUAGCCUCAAGCCUAUGCCUACUUUACCUGCUACCAUGCCUACUAGAGGAAAGGAUGGAGGUAGUAUAAAGGCAGGCAGCCGCCUGAGCAACAUUGGGCCUGUUAACCAGACAGACAAGGAGAAGGAGAGGGCCAAGGCCAAAGCUGACCUGGAGAACAGCUCUCUGAAGAGUGAGAAACAGAGAGAGAGCUGUGGAGAGAAUGCAGAGCAGAUCCACAGGACACGCAGGACCAGCACAAGUAAAUACCCAGAACUGAGUUCUCCAACUACGACACCAAGAAUGCUGGCUAAGUCCCUUGCACAUCCUCCGAGCUUGGCACACCUUGACAAAGUGAACUCCAACAGUUUAGACUCUUGUGUGACUAUUGAAGACCUUCCCCCAAAGAUUCCUCCAUACUCCAAGCUUCAAGACCUGGUGGGCUCACGCGUGCCCAGUCGUCUCACUCCCAGCCCAGCUCCAGUGCUCAACAUCGACUCGCCAAGCUGCUUCUCCGGUCAGCCUCUUUCACUGAGCAGCUCCCCCCUCCUAUACCCGAAGAUGUCUGGUGUACACCACAGCAUGGAGUCCCUGUCUCUGCAUAUGAGCCUGCCGCCUAGUGUAGAAUUCAGAGACCAGGAGGAGUCUACAGGCAGGACAAUGGGCACAUGGGGGGCAGGCACUCGCACAUCCAUCACGUUAAAUGACAGUUUACAAACUGACAGGAAUACCUUACCCAAGCAAGGCCUAUGUCGCUAUGGCAGUAGCCAAUCGGAAAGUGAGGCAAAGGAGCGCCGCCACUCCCACACGAUAAUGAGCAUGACUGAGUCCGUGAGCCCACCCCAACUUCCAUCACCCACUCACUUGAGCCAGUCCUUUACUGGCAAAACACCACCCACCAAUGUGGUGGCUCCCAUUACAAGCUCGAGCACCACCCCUCGCAUCACUCGCUCCAACAGCAUCCCAGCCAAUGAGGGCAGCUAUGACCUGUAUGCAAGUUCCCCACUGGGAAGCUCCAUGUCACUGGCUGAUCGACCUAAGAGCAUGAUGCGCUCUGGAUCCUUCCGGGAGCCUGGAGAGGAUGUCCACGGUUCUGUCCUCUCCCUGGCCUCCAAUGCAUCAUCCAACUACUCAUCAACAGAGGAGAGAAUGCAGGGAGAGCAAAUCCGAAAACUAAGGCGUGAACUUGAAGUAUCUCAAGACAAAGUGGCCAACCUGACAAAUCAGCUGUCUGCUAACGCCAACCUGGUGGCAGCUUUCGAACAGAGUCUGACGCUUAUGACUGCUCGUCUGCAAAGCCUGUCAGUCACCUCUGAGCAGAAGGACGCCGAGCUACAUGACCUAAGGGAGACCAUUGAUGGACUGAAGUCGAAAAACACAGAGGCCCAGGAUAUCAUCCAUGGAGCACUCAGCACCUCUGACUCCACACCCAAAGAAUUACAGAUAAACAGGCAGAACUCAUCUGAGAGCAUUGCCAGCAUGAACAGCAUCACCAGUCAUUCCAGCCUGGGGAGUCUGAAGGAACAAGAUGCCAAGAAAAAGAAGAAGAAAAGCUGGUUGAGAAGUUCCUUUAACCGGGCUUUCUAUAAGAAGGGCUCCAAGUCGUACUCGGAUAUUGAGGAAAUUGCCACCCCAGAGUCCUCAACUCCUUCCUCCCCUAAAAUCCACCACAAUGUAGAAACUACACCAUUCUCACUAAAUGAAUCGACUUCUGCCUCCUCCUCUGGACUGGGUGACAGCAGUGAGGGCACAGAACCCGAGGAGAAGGUGGUUUCUGAGCUGCGUUCUGAACUCUGGGAAAAGGAACGCAAACUUACAGAUAUCCGGUUGGAGGCCCUUACUUCUGCUCACCAACUGGAGCAGCUACAGGAAGCCAUGAGCAAGAUGCAGAUGAUGGUAGAAAAUUUGAAGGCAGAAAAUGACCAGCUGAAGACGGGUGCCUCCAGACCUCCAAGCUCCACUUCCCAGUCCUCCGGGUUGGGCUCUCUGGGCACCUUAUCACCACGGCAGUCUGUGGCAUCUCUUAGCAAAGCCUUUAGCAUGGGGGCAACUGAAAGCUUAAACACAGAUGUAUUUCAAAGUCCUACCUCAACCCUGCAGAAAGAUGAGAGCAUUGUCAGAGUGCUAGUGCGAAUCCCCAACCAUCAAGUCUUAAAUGAGGAGGCUAAACAGCUGGAAUUCUUCAUUGGCCUGGUUAAACUCAGUGGGCAGACUGAUUGGUGCACGCUUGACUCUGCUGUCUGCAAAGCUUUUAAGGACUACUUGUCAGUGGUGGACCCGAGCUCCAGCCUGGGCCUGUCUCAGGACUCCAUCUACAGCUACAGCCUCAGUCAUCUGAAGAGGGUGCUAGGAUCUCAGCCACCAGAGACUCCACCAGUACGCUGCCUUAACAAGACUUCCACCUGCAUCAACGUGGCUCUUAAAGGUCUGAAGGAGAAGUGUGUGGACAAUGUGGUGUUUGAGACACUUAUCCCGAAGCCUAUGAUCCAACACUACAUUAGUCUGCUGCUGAAGCAUAGGCGCUUGAUCCUGUCAGGGCCCAGCGGCACAGGGAAGAGUUACCUCUCCUCCCGCCUGGCUGAGUACCUGGUGGAGCGUAGUGCCCGAGAGAUCACCCCUGCCAUCGCUGUCUCCUUCAACAUGCACCGUCAAACCUGCAAGGAUCUCCAACUUUACCUGUCUAAUCUGGCAAAUCAGAUUGACCGGGAGACUAGUACAUCUGAAAUCCCACUGGUUGUCAUGCUUGAUGAUGUUCAUGAUGCUGCAUCCAUCAGUGAAUUAGUUAAUGGUGCUUUAACAUGUAAAUAUCAUAAAUGUCCAUACAUUAUAGGUACCACAAAUCAACCGGUGAAGAUGACCCCCAACCACAGCCUGCACCUUAGUUUCAGGAUGGUCAUGUUCUCCAAUAACGUGGAGCCAGCCAAUGGGUUUCUAGUACGGUACCUGCACAGGAAGCUAAUGGAAGGAGAGAACCCCAGAAGCUUGAUGAAUGAGGAUCUACUACGGGUGCUAGAUUGGGUGCCCAAGCUCUGGUACCACCUCCAUACAUUCCUGGAGAAACACAGCACCUCAGACUUCCUCAUUGGGCCGUGCUUUUUCCUGUCCUGUCCAGUGACAGUUGAGGAGUUUCGCUGUUGGUUCAUUGACUUGUGGAACCACUCAAUCAUUCCUUACCUGCAAGAAGGAGCCAAAGAUGGUAUUAAGGCACAUGGUCAGAAGGCAGUGUGGGAGGACCCAGUGGAGUGGGUGCGGGAUUCUCUCCCUUGGCCCUCUGCCCAGCAGGACCAGGCCAAGCUCUUCCAUCUGCCUCCGCCCAGCACGGGGCCAGCCAGCCCAAGCCAACCUGGAGACGAACGGCCACACAAAGAAACUCCUCCCAGCUCCAUGGAGUCAGACCCACUGAUGGCAAUGCUGCUAAAACUGCAGGAGGCAGCCAAUUAUAUUGAAUCGCCAGAAAAAGAGGCAGAUCCCAAACUGCCCACGCUAUGAACACAAAUAUAUACUGAGCCUUCGCGGAUCUUUCAUCUCUUCACUGGUUCUGAUGAAAUUCAGAUGUUCUAAUGCAAACUCCUGAAAUAUAUCUUCAUGUCAUAAAUUACUAAAAAAAAGUCUGUAUUCUUCUAACAGAGAACAUAAGUCAGUUUUCUUGGUUGGCUCACCUUGUUUGCUUUCCUGUUUAUAUAAUGUAUGUACAUUGCAAGAAUAUCUGUUAUAAAAUGUGUCAUUAAAGCCAAUAGAUACUUUUAGUCACAAUCAAAUAGGUACUUUUGUUACAAACAGAAAUAUAUAAUGCUCGUACCUAGAGACCAUGUACACUAUACAUUUUACAUUCUGCAUAAUCAGUAUGUUUUUUAUUUUCAUGAGCAUUUACUGUUCCACUGCUGCCCACUGUCCAACUCAAGGAAGCAGGUGUUAACUGCUAAUCGCUAGCAUGCACAAACGCAUUCGCCUCACAGCUUCUGAAUGGAGGAAAACAGUGCAUCUAAUUGAGCACCAUCUCUUCAUGCAGUGAUGAGUGUGCAGCAGCAUUGCUGCUGACCAAGCACAUAUGCCUGGCCCUACAUUUCGGUGAUUUUCAACACAAAAUUUAAACUGCAUGCUAAAGCCUGUGAUUGCUUUGAAACUUAAACACCUAGGAUUUCUUACCUUUUUUGCAUUAAAAGGCACGAAAAGUGUGCCAUUCUGUCCCCUGUAGGGGGCAGCAUUCAUCUCAAAGCCUACAUUGCCAUACUACUGGCAGUGUUUGGGAAGUCAGUGACAGCACCUCAGCCAUACAUAGAAAAGAGCAUAGAGAGCUUUCAAACAGAUUGCAAUAGCCAGAUGCUAUUUCUGUAAGCUCUCUUAACAACAUAACGUUUCUGUAUUCUUUUUAUGUAACAGUACUGUAGUUAGAUUUUAUUCGGCUUCGAAAUUAAUCUCAGCUCAGGGGGUGGGUAAUCUCAGGCAUUUAGGUAUGAUUAUUUAGUAUCGUCGUACUCUCAGUUAAAGGCUCUCUUGUAGCAUAUGGUGCAAAUAUCUCAAAAUGCAAAAACCAAAUAUUUAAGUGUUCAGACCUGCUCAGUACCAGCCAUGUGUUUUAGAGUAGGAGAGAAACUGCCCCUACAGAUGCGCAUUAAGAACUGCUAAAAGAGAACUCUAGGAAUGCAUACGAUUCUGUUUUGAUUUAUUUGGUGCUAUCAGACAUCUCCCAUCUCUAGGAAAAUGGCUAUUUUCCCAUUCAGUGGUCUUAUAUUAACAGUCUAGGUGCUUUAUCUCAGAACAAUAGCCUUACGAUCUCAUAUCUAAUAGUGGCAUCUUCAUGAAGUAACUAUCAGACACUGUCUGUGCUCCUUUCUACUUCAAACAGCUGUGGCAUGUCUUCACAUUAUUCUUCAUCUGGUGUUUCCAUUGAGACUUCUCAUAAGCAUAUUAUAACAGAAUUUUUCUGGUAAUGAAAUUAAAAGGUGAAGUUGUGUGCUGCUUUAUCAGAAGAUCUGACAUUAGGCCACGUAGUAAACAGCUGAGGCAUGAACUUUCGAUAAGCUUGACUAGGAAUGUACUGCAUAAACUAGCGGAUGUGCAAUUGCACAAAAUAAGCAGUGGUGGACCAGUAAUUUCCCUCACCUUUACCAGAAAACACAAAGCAUAUCAAAAUAGGCAUGUUUACAGGCAAAACUGGUUUGAGUGGAUCAGUUGUAAAAUUUCCAUCAUUUCAAAUGGUUUCUGCAUUGAUAUUUUUAUUUUUGCCUUAAACACUGUAUUGUGUCAUUGUUCAUCAAUGUAAAUAUGUUCCUGACAGAAGGGGUGUUAAAAUGGUCAUAUAGGGUUUGUUAUCUAGAUGAGUAAAAAGUGCCACAAACUCCUUUAGAUAGGUAUUACUUAUAUUCACAUACAGUAAGAUUGUCUAUUUCUGAAGCUUAUUUGCGCUGCUAAUCCCAACCUGCUGUGGGAGAUUUCCAUUUAAUUACAUCCCUCAAGACUUAUGAGAGCUUGACAGGUUUUUUUUUUUUCUUCUUUUUUCUUUUUUUGCCAUGCAGUGGCUUUCAUUCCUAAAAAGAGAUUGAAGGACUUCAAGUCCCAUUUGCUAAUCUAUAUUUCUUUUAAAAGGUUAUGAGGAUAGAUUAGCAUUUAUAAUGUAACAGUAUUAUUGGUAAUUUACCAUAAAAUUGCAAGUUUGCUGGGAAAAUAUGGCUUAACCCAAGGGGCAAAUAUUUUAAUCUUUUCUUUAUGUGUUUUGUCUUUCUUUGAUAUAAGAGAUAAGGAGAAAUCAAGUUUUGCCCAGCCAUCAAAAAUAUCUGUGCCUCAUGUUUGCCCCUGUAUGAAAUAGGAUGUUGGUAACAGAUGCCACUGUGCUCUGCCUGCAUCAUGUCUCUGGUUCAUGUGCCUGUAACUGUGAUGGCUGUGUUGUGUUGUGCUGUGUCUCCCUAACAGGACUAUUCAACAACUUACUGUUGACUUUGAGUGGUAAUGAGGGAGGAUGAUAGUGAUGUGCUUUUUUUUUGGUAUAUGUUCUCUCUCUCAGCCCCACUUACAAAUGUUCUCAAGUGCAGAACACAGAAGCUAGACUACCACAUAAACUAUACUACCUGCUUGAGGGACGAUCAUUAUUGGUCAUUUUAUUGGACAAUUCUGAGAGCAUUACAUUUGUAUCACAGAGUUGAAUCGGAUGCAAAGAAAAAAAAAAUCUUGUUGGCCAAAGUUAUACUACAGUUAUUCACUCAUGCAACAGAUCUGCUUGAAUGAUUUAUUGAAGUGUACAACUACAGUGGGCUAUGAUAAUAGUCCUAGGUCAAGUUGUUGAACAGUCCACAAAUUCCAUACAAUGCUUGUUAUUGAUUCAAAAAUUAAAAUAGUCUAUUAUCAAAGGUUUGGUAUCUAAUGUAACUUGCAAUGUGCAAUAGAUGUGCAAUGGGUUUCUAAAUGUUGUAAACGCAUGUCACCUUUGUGUGAAAAAGAAUUUGGAAAUGGUCUACCUUAUGUUUGGCCAUUAUAAUAGGAUAUAGCCUUCUUGUUUUGAAUUUUCCCCAGAUAACUGUUGAAAUCGAAUCAUUUUCAUUUUUGUACAUAAUGUCAUAAUUGUAUACAUUGUAAAUAGCCAAGUCAUUUGCGACAACAAUCAUUUAGGAUCAGAAAACUAGUAGAGAAAUGUGGUUUGUAAAGGAGAAGCUGUUUGUUUGGAGUGGCCCUGUAAACCUGUAGGGAACUGGCAUGCUUUCAGAGGUCUCUGCAUAACCACACAUCCAACGUUACACAUCUGCCAUAAUAAAAACCACACCAUGUUCUUUAA